AUGGGCCAUACAAGCGGUGCCGUUGAUCCAAUUUUUGGUCAGUCUAAGGUCUUCGACUGCAGUGACGAAGCUGUUAAUCCCCUGGCAGUACAAUACCUACAAAAUGUACGAAAUGAAGCCCUCUGUAUUCAUGCUGUAGGAGCAAGGAACCUGAGGACCAAAGGGCCUAAGACGAAUAUCAGUUAUUCAGAUGACGAGAUUGAAGAUAAUAACAAACCCAAAUCCGUAGGAUUCGGCGAAGGCGACCCUAUUUCCUUGCCAUUUGACAUGGAUGAGACUAUGAAGUGGUUUGACAGGCUCCAGGAAUCUUCGCAAGAACCACAGGAACCAUUUGAAGGUUAUACCGAGGAAACUCUGGAUCUCUUGUUAUACAGCCUAAAGCAAUAUAUAUCAGAAACUGCUCAAGAUUCGGAUCCCGGCGUUUGUAAACUUGCGAAGAUCCUAGAAGAAGUGGAGCCUGUACAGAACAAUACAUCCUUUGAGUUAGAUGCUGCAUGGGCGGGGAAACUAAUUGCAAGGCUAAAAAGACGUACAUUUACAAGCCUUGAGAACCUCAAGCUCAAAAUAAACUCCCAGCUCCCAGUGCCCACGCGGUCACAAGCCUGGAAGAUCCACAUCUCCCUCAAUGAACCUACAAAUGAGUUCUUUCAGCGAAUGUCGCACGAUCAACUAUUGCAAUUGCUGACGUACAUGGUGGAGCGCUUUGAGGAUCAGAUAUUUUCGGAGGUGGCAACCGAACAUGCACAAUGGCUGCUUUAUCUACUACUUCAUCUGCCGCGCCGCCUCGCGGCAAACCAUGUAUCACAAGUAAGAAGUUUGGCGAAAGUAGCCCGGAAACUAAUUCAAAAUAAUUCCAGCGACCUCCAGCCUUUGGUCAUGCCUCUGGAGUUAACAGAGGAUUCUCCUCCAUCUCCUGGCACUACAAUAUGCCAUCUAACUCUCACAGUGGCAGCCAUAGUAUACGGACAGCGUGACCUGCUGUUUAAUGAUUAA